CUUCCAUUUCUUUCUCAUCACUCUAACAUAGCCCACAACUUCACCACUUAGGUACAUACAUCAAAAUCUAUAAUGAACCCCAUCUAUUUAAAGGACCUCACCUUCCCAAACCUCAACCCCCUCUUCUUCAAUCACAACUUCAUUUAACACUCUCUUAUCUUCUCCUACACAUUUGAUAAUACCCAUUACCCAACAAUGUGCAGUGCAAAAGAUUGGCUCCAAUCUCCACCGACUCAUUGCCAUAGCCAACGCUGUUGUAGAAAAUCCAAAGUUCGUCUCCAUUGCCUUAUCAUGAGGAGAAAAUAUGAAGGAACAAAGACAGAAAACAUGGAGCUCAAGAAUCUGAAACUGUACUUAGAAAACAGAAGUAUCUUAGAAGAGAAUGAAAAGCUAAGGCAAAAGGCUUUUCGUCUUAAACUAGAAAAUCUAGCUCUUGUUUCUCAAUUUCAGAAGAAAUACUAUAUGUAGAUGAAAAAACUCUCGCAUCGUAAUCUAAAAUGAUGUAAAAUGAUUGACAAAAAAAAUUACAUACAAGUAGAUAGUAUAAUAUAAUAUUGUCAUCAAGUCCUGAUUAGUGUUAUAAAUAAAAUAUUAGUAUAUUAUAUUAAUUAGAAUUUAGAGUAGCUUAGUGGUGGUUUAAGGAAUAAUCAGAAAUUUUUUCAUUGGGCAUCUUAUUAUCUAUAUAUACCAGUAUGUAUUAAUGUAAUAUGAUUUAAGAUCAUGAUUUUCUCAGUGAAUUUUAUAACUAAUUUUAAAAUCUUUAGUGUGUAACAGACAUAGUAU